GAGAUCAUCUGGAAAAGGAAGGGGGAAAAAGUGAAACAAAAAAAAAAAAGAAAUAAAAAAAAAUUAGAAAAACAGUCUGCUUCUAAUUACAUCUCAAACUGGUGACUUAACUUUUCAUUUUGGCAGGUUUUCCCGCUCCAGCUCCUGCCCAGGACUGUGUCUGGAAGUCAGGACUAAUCAAAGGCACUUGCAUGGAGAGCUCUGUUGGCCUCUGAAGGGACUGAGUCAGUUCGGGGCAGCCUGCUGCUCUUUCUCUGCUUCUCCUUUUCCCUCUCACUCUCUCUUCCUGUCCUGUCUGUUUAAGGAGAGAACGAUUGGGACAUUCCUUCAAGCUACUUUACUUCAGGUUUCUGCGGGAUUUAAACAUGCACACUGACAUUUUGGUACAGUGCAUGUUAGUGCCGUUGUUUCUGAUCCUGCUCUCCGCCGUUGAGGACACUUUGUUACAGUCGGUGAGCCAGGUGGGUGGCGUGUGCAGGCUGUCCACGGAGUCGUCCCAGCGCCGCUGCCGGACGCCCGAUGGCAAGAUCUGCAGCGGGAAGGGAAAGUGUGACUGCGGCGUCUGCGUCUGCGAGGCCACGGAGCCGGGGAAGUUCUACGGUCCACGCUGCGAGUGCCACGACUGGGUCUGUGCCACAUAUAGUGGGAAAAUCUGUAACGACCGAGGCUACUGUGACUGCGGGACGUGUGAGUGUGAUGACGGCUGGUUCGGAGACGCCUGCCAGUUCCAGGAGGACUGUAACCUGUCCAAAAAGAAGAGCAAAGAGCUCUGCAAAAACCAACAAGGGGUGGUGUGCUCAAACAGAGGAACCUGCCAGUGCGGGAGCUGCAUGUGCGACAAUAAGGACAACAGGGAUUUGGUGACGGGGCGUUUCUGUGAGUGUGAUGACAACGAGUGCCUGGAUGAGGACACUGGAGAGAUCUGCGGAGGCCAUGGCCAGUGUUACUGUGGAAACUGUUACUGUGCUGCCGGUUGGCAUGGAGACAAAUGUGAGUUCCAGUGUGACAUCAGCCCAUGGGAAAGCAAGAGGAGGUGCACAUCUCCAGAUGGCAAAAUCUGCAGCAACAGAGGGACCUGUGUGUGUGGGGAGUGCAACUGUUAUGAUGUAGAUCCCUCCGGCGACUGGGGAGACAUUCAUGGAGACACAUGCGAGUGUGAUGAGAGGAACUGCCACGCGACGUACGACCGAUACACUGAUGACUUCUGCUCAGGUCAUGGCCAGUGCAACUGUGGCAGGUGUGACUGCAAGGACGGAUGGGCCGGGAAGAAGUGUGAGCACCCCCUGUCCUGCUCCCUGUCUUUGGAAAGCAGUCUGAAGAAGUGCAGAGGAACAUCCAACCUGCCCUGCUUCGGACGAGGUCAGUGCCAAUGUGGACAGUGUACAUGCCACCCACUUGGGGACAGUCGCGUUCAUGGCAAAAACUGUGAGUGCGAUGACCGUCAGUGCGAAGACAUCAGCGGAGAAGUCUGUGGAGGUCACGGUUACUGCUCGUGUGGACGGUGCAUCUGCAAGGAGGGCUGGUUCGGGAAGCUGUGCCAGUUCCCCAGGUCUUGUGACAUGAGCGACGCCCAGAGCAAGGAGCUCUGUGAGACCGCCGAUGGGAUCAUGUGCAGUGGAAAAGGUUCCUGUCACUGCGGCCAGUGUAUCUGCUCCCCCCAAGAUUGGUGGGUGUCUGGAGAGUACUGCGAGUGCGACGACCGGGAGUGUGACAAACACGACGGCCUCAUCUGCACAGGGAAUGGGUUGUGCAAUUGUGGCAACUGUGAGUGCUGGGACGGCUGGACAGGGAACGCUUGCGAAAUCUGGGUGGGAGAGGAGUACUGAAGAGGACAGGACAAUGAGGUUAGAGACUGGAGGCCUGCGAGCCCCAGAGGGAUCAGGAGCACCGCGGCAAGUCCCAACCAAGCUGGUUUAAACACCCCAGACCGGAAAACCACGGGGAAGAGGGAGAGGAGUGAACAUGGACAAGAUUCUGCAUAUAGUUAACAGCAUUCUUUUCUUUUUUUAUUAUUAUUAUUGUGCUGGUUACAAAUAAUCAUGAUUGAAACUGGGUUCUGAAAUAAAAAAGAAAACCUAAGUUUAAAA